AUGGAUAUUCACCGCUCUCGAUUUGUGGCCUACCCGUCAUCGGCCAUCAACGCGCUUUCAUUUUCGAGAUCAAGCGACAAGAACCUCACGGAUCCUAGGCCAGCACUGAAGCUCGCACUCGGUCGCGCAAAUGGAGACAUAGAAAUCUGGAGCGCCGACAAGGGAGAUUGGGUACAGGAGUCUGUCUUUCCAGGAGGAUCAAAGAGAAGCGUUGACGCUUUGGCAUGGAUUCAAGAGCCGGACGACACAGAUUAUGAGGGACACACGAUUCUCGGUCAACUGCGCCUCUUCAGCAUUGGCUCAACACCAGCUGUGACAGAAUGGGACUUGACAACAGGAAAAGAGCUGCGCUCGUCAACGGGAAACUUCAGCGAGGUGUGGUGUUUUGCCGCCCAACCGCGCUGGCGAGCUACCAAAGCGUCGCGCGAGGACGAAUUCCGUGGUCAAAACUUGGUUGCUGGAACCGGAGACGGCACCCUGGCCAUUCUGUCAACCGAGGACAACGACCUUGUUUUCAAGCGAUUCUUGGCCCGUGGCGGAAACCGCAAGACACGAUGCAUGAGCGUGACAUGGAAGGAUAGAGACACGGUCGUUGCCGGUUUCACCGACAGCACGAUUCGCAUCUACGACGGCCGCAAUGGCACUUUGUUGCGCAACCUCAGCUUGGGAGCAGGCAUCCCAGGAGCUCCUCGCGACACGCUGGUGUGGAAGGUCCGAUGCUUGCCCAACGGCGACAUCGUGUCAGGCGACUCGAACGGCCAGCUCAAAUUCUGGGAUGGAAGAACAUACACCUUGUCGCAGACUGUCCACGGUCACGACUCGGACUGCCUCGACCUUGUCAGCAGUACCGAUGGCACCACGGUCUUUUCAGGUGGUAUGGACGGUCGCAUCGCUGUGUUCAAGCUGGGCGGCAAAGAAGGCGACAAGAGAAGAUGGGCAAAGACCAGUCACCGCCGCAUGCACGAGGGUGACAUCAAGGCCAUGGCUGUUUACGACUCCAAGCAAAUGAGCGUCGUUCUCUCGGGAGGUCUCGAUACCACCCCCUUCGUCAUUCCACUGCGCAACUUCAACAAGGAGAACCACCGCAGACUUCCCGGUCUUCCUCAGAACCCCGUAGUCGCUUCUUGCCCGCAAGAGCGUAUGCUCGUCAGCUGGGCUGAGAGCGAGAUUAGCAUCUGGCGCAUGUACAAGCAGAGCCCCGAGAGCAUCCCCGUACCCGAAGACACCAGAACACUCCUCACUCGCAUCCAAAUCGACUCGACCGACGCCAUCACAUCCGUUGCAAUCUCCCCCGACGCCUCCCUGCUCGCUGUGUCUACGAUUGCUUCCAUUAAGCUAUUCCAUCUCGCCCGUACAGAAGAUGACCGAGGAGAUCGCCUGCGCGUACGCAAAAUCGCCGCACCCGAAGCUAUCGCUGCAAAUGGCGCACGUCUGAUCACCUUUUCUCCUGAUGGAAGAUGGCUGGCAGCAGUAACGCCGCAAAGCGAAGUCUGCGUAGCAAGAGUAGAGGAUGAUUCGGACAUGCCCACUUUCCUGGACGCGAACAUUGAGUUGGAGCGCCAGACUCGUAAGGUCACCAUCCAAACGGGUCUCAAGAAGUACGAGCGCACAAUCAACAGGCUCGCUUUCUCUCCUGACAGCGCUGUCUUGGUUGCAAGUGACCUCUCUGGUUAUCUUGACAGCUGGGUGCUAGAGGGACACUACGACUCCACUGCCCCUGCUAUGGACACUGCUACAAAGUCUUCCUCAGGCUCGGACAAUGGUGCUGGCUCGGACAGCGAUAGUGACAGUGAUGACGAGGACGAGACUAUCAUCUUCUACGGUCAACACUGGACAGACAACCCAUCAGGCAAUCUGUUGCCCAAGCUCGACUCUGCACCUCUUGUUCUCUCUUUCCAACCACUCACACCAGCACAACAAGACGAGCCUACCGUAAACGGCAAUCCUGGACUUCAUCCUACCCGUAAUAAUCCUCAUCCUCACUCUCACGCCCUCCCUUCCACCAAAUCUCCCCUCUUCAUCGUAACAUCGCACCACCAGGUCUACGCAUUCGAUGUCCUGACCGGACGCCUGACCGAAUGGUCGCGCAGAAACCCUACGAGCGUUCUGCCCGGCGAAUUCCAGACCAUCAAGGAUCGCGCCAUGGGCGUUGUCUGGGAUGUCAACGAUGCUCGCGCUCGUGCUUGGUUGUAUGGUGCCAACUGGGUCGGUAUGCUGGAUCUGUCGCAAGAUUACGAACCCUCCAGUGUGCUAGACGAAGCUUUGGAGGACGGCGAAGACGACAUCUCCGCCCAAAACACACCUAGCAAGAAGCGCAAGCGUCGCGAAAGCAACAAAUGGGGCAAACUUGCCGAGCAACGCAAGAAGGCCAAGGGUAUGAGUGGUGCUGGUGACAAGGCCGCCAGCGGAGAGACAAAGGGUGUCGUCGAUGAGAUUCGCCGCGUUGAAGACGGUAAACUCCUUGAGCUCACAAACGGCACCUCUCACGAGCAAGAUCUAGACGACGAGGACGCACUAGAAGAUGCACUGGGUCCUCUGCGUCGCGGCAACGAUGACGCAGAAGCGGAUACAAACGGAGGUGCAGAUGGUGCCCUGACCGUCACCUCAGCAGGCCGAAGGAAAUGGUGGUGCACAUACAGAUACAGACCUAUAUUGGGUAUGGUAGCCAUGGGCGAAAAGACCACAGAGACGGAUGAUGAACAGCCCGAAGCCGUCUUAGUGGAGCGCCCGCUAUGGGAUCUGCCACAACUCCAAGAGCUGGGCAAAUAA